GCGCUUGUGCCGCAUGAUCGAUCUUUGCCGGCUCGGAUUAUUUGAGGCUUUCUGGCCAUUCAUUGGAAGUUCGCCGACUGCAUUCACAGCCAAGCGCAACCUUACAAUGGCGAGGACCAAAGUUCGUCUUUAUUUGCCAUCGAACGACCCCCCUUCAGCUGAUGGGUCCAGAAAGCAGCACGCAGAGGCCGGGGACGAGGACGAGGCGGCGCUGCAGUUGAGGGCACGUCCGACCGCGAACGCAACGACGGAAAUGCACGGUCGAACAUGAUUGCGAAGGAGGACAUGCACAACGAGCGCUUUGAGCGAUACUACAAAGCUCAGAGGAUCCUGCCGGAGGACGAGUGGGAGUCGUUCAUGGAGGCCAUGAGAACCCCGCUUCCUACAACCUUUCGGGUGACUGGGAGUAGACAAGCAGCACGUUUGCUGAACGACACGAUCAAGGAUGUACAUGUGCCGCACUUGGCUGACGUUGUCUUUGAGGGUGAGGCGGUCCCCCCGCCGACCCAGAUUUCUUGGUAUCCAGAGGGUCUUGCCUGGCAGUUGAAUGUCGCGAAGAAGGUCGUCCGCAAGUCGCCGGAGUUCAAGAAGUUUCAUUCGUUCCUGGUAUACGAGACCGAAGUCGGCAACGUGUCACGACAGGAAGCUGUCAGCAUGCUUCCACCGCUAUUUCUAGAGGUUGAGCCGCAUCACCGGGUCCUAGAUAUGUGUGCUGCUCCAGGUUCUAAGACCGCUCAACUGCUGGAGGCCCUCCACGCACACGACAGCAUGACCGCAUCGUCCUACCCAAGUGGGCUACUCAUUGCAAACGACAGCGACUACAAGCGCACGCACAUGCUCAUCCACCAAGCCGCCCGCCUCCCGUCACCCGCGCUCAUGGUCACAAACCAUGACGCGUCCAUCUACCCCGCUAUCAAGAUCCCUUCCGAGCAGGUCGUCUUCCCGACUGCCACCAAACAGCGCGUGGCCGCCAAGAAACAGUACCAGCUCCUUUUCGACAGAAUCCUGUGCGACGUGCCAUGUAGCGGAGACGGCACGCUCCGGAAGAAUAUUGCGAUCUGGAACCACUGGCAACCCAUGGAUGGGAACGGCCUACACAGCCUCCAGAUCCGUAUCCUUGAGCGAGCAAUGCGCAUGCUGAAGAAAGGCGGACGCAUCGUUUACUCCACCUGUUCGUUAAACCCAGUUGAGAACGAGGCGGUAGUAGCAGCUGCCCUCAAGUCAAUACCUGGUUUCGAAGUGGUCGACAUGUCCAACCAUUUGCCUAGCCUCAUCCACCGACCGGGAAUGACUACCUGGAUACCUACGGUCGACCGCAAUAUCACGACGGACUUCCACACCUACAAGGACCAUUGGGAUUCUCUCUCAGAAGAUCAACGUAAGCAGAGCAAAAUGCUGGAGUCCCACUGGCCGCCUACGGGAGAGGAGGUGGAGAAGUUGAACCUGACGCGAUGUAUGCGGAUAUAUCCUCACUUGCAAGACACGGGUGGAUUCUUCAUCGCGGUGUUGCAGAAGAUCCCCGCACCGUCGACUAGUAAUCAAGGUGCAAGCAAAAGCGACGGUAAGCGGCAGGCAGAAGCUGUUGACGGAUUGGAGACGUCCGCUGUCAAGAAGCCGAAGCUCGCGACUGAGUUGUCUUCAGCCACGGAGGUAGAACCGACCCGCGCUGCUGUUGAGACAACCGAGGACAUCGACGAAGAGCUCCCGGACGAAGCCGUCGAGGAGAGUGAUCCCAGUAUCGUCGAUCCCUUGCCCCAACCUGCACCGGCCGUCAAUCCAGAAGAGUUCAAGAAGCAGCAGAAAGGGAAGAAGCACAGAGGCGAUGGAGGGGGUGCCGGCCAUUUUAAAGAGAAUCCCUUCACCUUCGUCUCUCCGGAUGACCCGAUCAUUCAGGCGUGCAUGGCGAAACUCCGCUUGCAGCCUUCCUUCCCUACGCAAAACAUCCUUGUCCGGAAUCCGGAGGGCGACCCCGUCCGAUCUCUCUACUUGACAAAUGACAUCGUGAAGCAUGUUGUGCAGCACAACGACUGCAUCCGAAUGCGCCUCAUGACUGCGGGCACGAAGGUCUUCGCGAAGCAAGAGGGCGUCGAGGCAAAGCGCGAGGGCACUGAGGCGCAAUUUCGAGUACUCGCAGAGGGCUUGCCCGCCGUGCUGCCGUACAUCGAACCAGGCGCGAUCGUUGAGGCCGACGUAGCGUCGCUGAAGAUCUUGAUGGAGACUUAUUAUCCGCUCUGUUCGAGGUUUUCGGAGCCGUUCAAGUCGCUUAUCGAGUCGCAAACAACUGGAAGCUAUGUCGUUCGCUUCCGCCCUGGACAGGUCGACGACACAACACUGGCACAUGAACUGGUUCUUCCUAUUUGGAAGUCCAAUGUGUCGGUGACGCUCAUGAUUGACAAGAAGGCAAAGAGUGCGUUGAGCUUGCGAUUAUUCGGUCAAGACAUUACCAUAGCAGCUAAAGAAGCAUCCUCAAAAAGGAAGGCAGAAGCAUCCACACCGGCCGAUGAUGAUACAGAGGCUCAGAAGGAUGCUAUGAUCGUCGACAGCUCAGAUAGCAAAGCGGAAACCACCCCGUCAUAAUACUUUAAUAGUGCAGCCUGUAUACAUACCUGCAAUGCCUGCACGUCAGAUUUCCUGACAUAA